AUGGAAACAGCUGUUGAUAAACACAGGGGCAUUUCCCAACGGCAGUGUCACGAUACCUCUGGACCUGCUGAGACACACAAAAUUAAAUUAAGCUACAAAUCGCUCGCUGCAAUUCCCACAAACACCCUUCUAUCGGAUCAGCAGGCAAUAGAUGAGCAGGUCGAGAGAGAACAGAGUCCGUGUGACAGUUUGGACAGAUGGGAAACAUCUGACAGAGGUGUUGCAGACACCCACGCUGAGAUGUGUUCACCCGCUGAGCUCCGGCAACAGUCAGAGGAGCUUUAUGCAGUUAUUGAUGAGAUAUUGGCAAAUUCCAUUCCAGCUGUGAGUUGAUUUAUAUUAUUUAAGAUUAAAC